AUGUAUGUGCUGUUGAUGUGCAUUUUGUAUCUUCAGCAACAUGCGUUCAGCCGCGUUUGCCGGAUCGCAUCCGAUCCUGCGUGUUUCUAAUGUUGUUGUGUUGCCUACUGAAAGGCACCGGAAGGGCACUGAUCAAACGGGUAGGACACUGUUAGAUUGCCCAUCGCUCGGGGUGAGGCAUUCGUGGUACCAGAGAGAGAAAGAGAGAAAGAAGACAGCCAUCGUGCACGGGGUGCUGUGUUGAUGCAGCAGCUACGAACCAGCCUUUUUCUAUAGUUUGUGGGUAAUUGCGAUGUGUCCGUUGCGAAUACGUGUAGCCUAAGUCCAUGGUGGGUGUGGGCCUUCCCCCUUUAGACCGUUCGGGGUGCACCUGAUACUAUAUCCCCGGCCCCGGCCACGGCACAUGCCCUAUUUGCUCGUGCUAGCUGCGCGCAACGCCGCGGGCGCUGCUCGCAACGUAUGUGUGCGGCGAGUCAGACUUCUUCGUCCUUCUUCCCCUUUCUAUUUCCAAAUUUUGGACUAUUGGUGGUAAACAGCUUUUUGUGCCUCCCGGAAGAGCCACGGUAACUCCCGUCACAAAAGGGUUAACUUCUUAGGACAGUCGACGACGUAAUUCACUCCACGUUUCAAGAUAAUGGGCAUUAUUUAAAACGAUGAAGAGUACAAGAUUUGUUGGAAGAAGCCAUCUGUUUUGACACCGGCAAACAACUGCGAAACCUGUUCGUUACUCUUAUUCUCGAUGGAGCACCGGGCAAUCUUUGGAAACACUUUAAACCCCAGCUUACGAUAGACUUCCGCAUGUCAAGGUUCGAGUUCGAAGCCACAAACGCAACCCUUCGCGAGAUCGACCUUACCUUGCAGCAUCACGCACGAAACAAUGAAAAGUUGGCUUACCUGCUGUUAUCCAUUAAGACACAGAAUACCUACGUUUUAAAUACAUGUUUAUCCCCGCCGAUAUGCUCGCCUUUACGAGCGAACAUCUCCCAAACCUCACUUCUGAGCAACGAUAUGUUUUCGACAACGUUGUUGGUAGCGUAGUGUCACGUUCGCCGAACAUGUUUAUGAUCGAUGCACCUAGUGGAGCAGGUGCUUGGUCGCGAUAUCAGCCAACUGGUGCUCGCUAGACCGGUGGUGAAGAGUAAUAUGUCCCCGCAGUACUAUCUCCCGGAUGAAAAAGUACCUCAGGGCCACGUGCUUCGUGCGUUGAGAGUGCAUGGCAUUCCCGGCCACUGUCAGCUUUUCAGUGCUGUCGCUGUUGAUGGGAACCGAUCCGAAGGUCUUGAAGUUGAGCUCCGUCAUAAAAAUUUGAGAUAUAGACCGCCUCUCUGGCUGAGAAACUAAGUGCUUGAAUCUCGGCUUCGACCGUGCAUUGCGCUGUUAGAGUUCGAGUCUUCGCAUCGUAGCUGAUGAGUCCUCCAGCAAGGAAGAAGGGAUAUCCCGUGGUAGAUCUUCCGUUGUCGGGGUUUGCUCCGCCAAGGUUGAAUCGCGUGCACUGGGCC